AUGGAAAAUCACUAUUCAUUACCCCUGUUGAUCCUCCUGGUCCAACUGAGCGGAAUACUCUGCCUGUUUUGUCUCCGCGUUUUGCUCCGUCCGAAGAAGCAGCAGCCUACUGCUAUUGAUACUGGCGUCGAUAUCGAUAAUAAACCUGCCUCUGGUUGGCAUCAGGGCGUUAACGAUCCCCAUCAAAGUCUAGAUCUAUAUCCAAGGACAAGCUCCACCGGCAAAAAUAACAAUAUGGACACCAUCAGAGAGCCCUACAUCCUCGACCUCGCCCAUCGGGGGUACAUCCAAGGCGUGACCAUCCUCAAGCGGAAGAAAGACACACUGGAAAAAUCACCCGCAGAAGCAACUAUCCCCCUCUGUCGCUAUUUUGGCGGUCUGCGCUAUGCGCUGCCGCCCACGAGGCGAUGGGGACAGGCCCGCCCCCUCCCCCGCGGUUAUUCGUACGGCUCAAGGAGUAACCCCGGCCGACAUGAUGGCCAGGCGGCUGUGUGUCCGCAGCCGGGCGCCUCGUGGGAUGAUCCUGGCUUGGAUGAGGACUGUUUUCAGUGUAAUGUCUGGGUGCCUGUGGGGAGGUGUCCGGAUGGAGGAUGGCCCGUUUUCUUCUUUAUUCACGGCGGCUUCCUCCAGGUUGGCACUCCCAACUCGUCCAACAAUGCCGCCCUACUAGGGGAAACAGACUUCAAGUGCGUGAUUGUCGCCCCUGCCUAUCGAGUAAGCGUGUUGGGGUUCUUGAGCUCAGAGGAACUCCGGCACGAAGCGGCGUUACAUGGUGAGAGCGCCGGCAACCAAGCGUUCUGGGACCAGCGCCUGGCCCUGGAAUGGACGCGCGAUAAUAUCCAUCUGUUCGGGGGAAAUCCGUCAAAUAUUACUGUUGCGGGAUACUCUGCAGAUACAGGGCUGACGCUUAUAGGUGCUUAUUCGGUCUUCCAUCAACUGGCUCACGAUCUGUUCUUGCCCGACGAGAAAAGCAUCAUCCGACAAGCCAUCAUGUGGUCCAAUGGCCCCGGCGUACAGCCCAAGUCGGCAGCGAAUGCGCAGGACCAAUUUGAUGAGCUUCUCUCUGCCCUUGAUAUCCCUUUGACUCUCUCCUCGGCCGAAAAGCUCUCGCGUCUGCGAUCUCUCCCCGCCAGAACGCUGAUCGAAGCCAGCGUGCGCAUCAAGCACCAUCAAUUCCGGCCCUGGAGCGACUCUGCGUUCAUCUCGACCAAUCUCUUUCGCGAUAUCGACAGCGGCUUGUUUGCGCGUCGGCUGGCCGCGCGUCACAUCCGCCUUAUGAACGGGGAGUGCCGUGACGAGCAUUUUCUGUAUGGAACCUGGUUUCCCCCCAAGGAGGACUCCGUUUCGGCUCUACGCGAGCGCAUCGAGGCCGACUACCCGCCCGAAGCCUGCGAUGCGCUGGUCCAGCUGUACUACCCAUCAGGCCAGCUCCCAGCGGAUAGUCGGGACUGGCGGGACGCGUUUGGGCGGUUGUAUGCCGACAUGCAGGUGCACAUGCUGGAGCGGGGGUUCAUCAACGCCCUGGCCCGCGGGGGAGCAGGCCAUCUGGUGUACCGGUACCGAAUCGAGUACCGGGUCAAGUGCGUCGAUGACUACUUACCGCCGGCAUGGGGCGUCACCCACUCGAGCGACAAGGCCAUGUGGUUCUGGGGGGACGGGGCUGUUCUGGAGGACGAAGAGAAGCCGAUCGUGCGGUCUGCGCUGAUCGAUCCUCUGGUCAGAUUUGUCCGGGGGGAGUCGGAAAUGGGAUGGAAUACGCAGGGAGUCAGGCAGGUGCGCCGGUUGCGACCGGAUGGGACGGUCGAUGUCUGGGAAGAUAUCAUGUGGGAACGGGGACAGAGGGUGUGGAGUGCGCUGCAGGAAGUUGGAUCAACGAGACGGUCGGCCAAGCUCUAUGAUGUAGGCCCAGCUGGCCCACAUGGUGGUAGCAGCGGAUAUAAAGUACAUAGCAUCUAA